ACUGUAAAAAAAGUUUGAAAUAAAAAUAAGUAAACAAAUUAACCAAAACUAAAUUAUGUGAAGAUAACUAAUCUUCACUAUCUGGUAAUACUAUCAUAUUGAGUUCAAAACAAUACAACAGCUGAUUAUUUUUAUUAUCAAGUGCAAAUCAUUUUGUUGAAAAAUAAGUCGUGAUUUGUUAAUUCGAAGAACACUAUUAAAAAUGUCGGGUCCGUACGAUUGGCAAAAGUCUACAGAGCAACAAAAUACUGCACAGUCUCAUUUAGUGGCAAAUAGUUAUGAUAUCCUUGAGCGAAGCUCUGCCAGCAUACAACGAUCCAAUCAAGUUGCAAUCGAAACUGAACAGAUAGGCACUGAAGUAUUAUCCGAGUUAAAUGAACAACGAGAAUCUUUACUGCGUUCUACACGACGACUGCAAGACGCAGACGCAGAUAUUGUGCAGUCAGGAAGCGUUAUAAGAAAACUGCGUCGUGAAGUGCUUUAUAAUAAAUUAAUUUUAGUUAUCAUCAUAAUUUUAGAAAUGUGUAUAUUAGCCGGGGUGAUAGUGCUCAAAUUUGUACAUUUUUAAUUUUAUAUUAAUAAUUAAAAUUAAUUGAAUACUCGUGUAAGAGAAACCACAGAUCAUUUUUCCCCAAGCCACUUGAGAGCACGGAACGGGGAUGACUCAGACAUCUAUCGCAAACAGCAUGUUGAGGUUUUAGAACAACUACAACGAUGACGUAUAUUAUCGAUAUAUCCCGAGGACUAAACUUGGCGUAAUUUUAAUCUCUACAAAUAUUUGGUAAUUUUUUUGUGACUUUGGCACAAAGCAAAAAAAUACAGCAUAAAAUUAACUAAACUUUACUGGAAAUCUUUCAAUUAAUUACAUACAAUUCUUGUUUUAUUUGAUAUUUAUGUAAAUAACAAUUUUCCUAGAACAUAAGCUAAACAAAUAUUUCCGGGUGCGUUUACGUUAAGAACUACUAGUAAUCAAUACACAUCCAGAAGUAAACAUUUAUGGUUGUAUAUUCAUAUCGAAAAAGAAGUAUUUAAUAAAUGACAUUUGCAUUUGUAUGUGUGCAGUUAUGUAUAUUUGUAGUAUGUACAAAAUAAAUGAUAAACGUAAUAUUCGA